UCACUUGGGUCCCCGGCUAUUGAACUUUGUCCUCUUCGGUUCCAUCCCAUAUCUAUAACGGCUUCCAUUAAUGGGAGGAGCUAUCUGUGCCCGGAAUCUAUUCCUUGUACUCUCUUGUCUCUGUCUCUUCCUCUUUGGGCACGAAACACCAUUUCCUGCAUGGAAGUGGUGCCGACAUCCUACAAAGAUCGAACACAUCUCAUACAAUGUUUAACGAGACAAAGCGAACCAGAAAGUUUUAGAUGUGUUGCUUCAAUCUACAAAUUUUCCGGCAAGUUCAGAAUAUGGAGGCUCCCCUUGAAGAGUAAAAUCUCCUCAGAAGGGUAUCUAAGAUUUGUCUUGUCGGAGAUUGCUCCACAUAGAAAAAAGGCGCGAUUUGUCUGUCAUGCAUACGAGGGAGACAUGAAUGAAGGGCAGUUAAGGGCACUUGAUGAUUACUUCAGAAAGCUUCAAGGUGCAGAUCGGCCGUUUUCAGGAAAUCUUGAUGGGGAAAUGGAAUUUACUGAGAAAAGUCAUGAACUGAAAUCAAAGCAGAGCUUCGAAACUCUCGAUGCUUAUCUUGGAAAAGUUAAAGGAGGUACGAAAAAGGAAGACUAUGUGUUGUCGAAAAUCGAUGAGGCAACUACAAGAAGAAGUGAGGGCGCAACAGCUUCCCCUGAUAAAGAAGAUGUUAGGAGUGCUGCGCAAACAAAACCAAAAGUCUGGGUCAAACGGGCAUAUGUAAAAGAGAUUCCACAUGGUUCUCAAGCACUGCAACAGUUCGAUGAUGCUUCGGAUCUCUACUUAAUAGGUAUAAUAGCUUCGCUGAACAUAGCAGUCUUCUUGUUCGAGAUAGCAAGUCCAAUCAAAAGUUCUGAGCUGGAGCUAUUCUCUAUACCUCUGCUAUAUGGGGCGAAGAUAAAUCAGCUGAUCGUGACCGGCGAAUGGUGGAGGCUUGUGACCCCAAUGUUUCUGCAUUCGGGAGUUUUCCACAUGGCACUUGGUUGUUGGGCACUCCUUACCUUCGGGCCUAAGGUCUGCAGAGGUUAUGGUCCAUUCACGUUUUUCUUGAUAUACUUGCUCGGAGGAAUAUCCGGCAACUUGACGAGCUUCCUUCAUACCCCAGAGCUGACCGUUGGUGGCACAGGGCCCAUAUUUGCGAUGAUUGGAGCAUGGCUUAUUUAUCAGAUGCAAAACAAAGACGUGAUCGGAAAGGAUGUUUUGGACAGCAUGUUCCAGAAGGCGAUAUUUACCACUGCUCUCAGUUUCCUCUUGAGCAACUUUGGUCCCAUAGAUGACUGGACACAUUUCGGGGCGGCCGUAACGGGGAUAAUAUACGGGUUUUUCACUUGCCCGAUCCUGCAAAUGGACGAUGCAUCCUCAAACAGUGGCCGGGAAGAAGGAAUUGCUCUGGUCAGACGGUAUGCUGACCCUUGCAAGUCGGUGCUCGUGUUCGUCCUCUCGAUCCUGGUCUUGGCUUCUUUAGCCUUCUUGGUCGAACCUCCUCUUAGUACACUGACAGAAAACUUUGUAUAGAACCAGAAUAUAUCUGUGUCACUUGUAAGAUUUUAUGUUAGCUUUGUUGAAAGACUAGUAUCUUACUAUAUCCACGUCAUGUGUGUGUAUAUAUACACAUAUAUAAUCAUGAGUUGAAUGUUGGCCACGCU